CACUCCCAAUUUUCAAAUCCCUAUAAAUUUUCUCCGUUGAAUCUCCGUCUCUCACAAGCUGUGCUACAAUUCUCCGCCAUCAUGACUGCAGAAACAGUGAACCCAAAAGCUUACCCAUUGGCGGAUGCGCAGCUCAGCAUAACAAUCCUUGACUUGGUUCAACAAGCCGCCAAUUACAAACAACUCAAGAAAGGUGCUAAUGAAGCAACAAAGACUUUGAACAGAGGGAUUUCUGAGUUCGUUGUUAUGGCAGCUGAUGCAGAGCCCCUUGAAAUCCUUCUUCACCUUCCACUCUUAGCUGAAGAUAAGAAUGUUCCGUAUGUAUUCGUUCCAUCUAAGCAAGCACUUGGUCGGGCGUGUGGAGUUACCCGACCGGUUAUUGCAUGUUCAGUCACUAGCAACGAUCAUAGCCAGUUGAAAUCUCAAAUACAACAAUUGAAGGAUGCCAUCGAGAAGCUUCUGAUCUGAUUCUGUAAAAGCCCUUUUGCCAGCGUGAUGGGCCUCUGGAGCCACCACCCCCGAGGCUUUGACUGAGUGAGUUUAUCCCCGUUGCAAGGGAUUUUCUCUCUGUCGGUUUUUAUCUUUUUGUUUAUUAUUUUUUUUUCGGACGAAAUGAAUUCGUAGUAGUGUUUCUAUGUACUAAUCAAACAUGAAAAAUGAGGAUAUGACUUAUUUGGUUACAUGUUAUGAGGAUUUCGUUGUUCGUUUUAUCGGUUGAAGUUUCUGUCUGGAUCCGUUAUAUCGAAUGAAGUGUGGUUUUCUUAGAAGC